AUCCCUAACAUUAGCCAAUCAACUCAUCACUUAAAACAUUUUCUUCUCCGAAGGGCAAGGUAACUUUUACCAUUCAACUCCUAUAUAAUUUUCCUGGCUUAAGGGAUUGAAUUUUCAUUUUGAUUUAUUUUUUCACAUCUCUUAAACAUUUGCUUGUUUAAUUGCUUUCCUGAUUUGGGUUUUUGGUCGCAAGACUGUUAGGUUGUGAUUAUUGAUUUUUUAGGUUAGGUUUAACGAUUCUUUUAUGGCAUUUGAAUGCCAACAAAAUCCUCUGGUUUCCCGGGAUUUGCCAAUUUGUGUAGAAAAUAGCGUUCAAAGUCGAGCUGAUUCACUACACUUUAAUUUGAUUGCGGAAUCUCAAAAUAUUGAAUCUAACUGUAGCGAUCUCUUUGCUAAACCCAAAUGCAAAUAUUUUGAAAGUGCAAGUUCCACCUUAAAGGGAGUUUUAUGUUCUUGUAGUGGAGAAAAGUUGCCUUGUAAUGAUGUUUUAUCAAAUUGUCGUCGGUCAAUAAUUGAUCUUCCUCCAGCAUUGAUAUCUGAGAUUCUUAACUGCCUUGACCCAAAAGAGCUAGGUGUAGUUUCAUGUGUAUCGACUCUUCUACAUAGAAUUGCAUCCGAACAUCGUGCUUGGAAGGAAUUUUAUUGUCAGAGAUGGGGACUUCCGAUAGUUCCUGCAGCAUUGAAUGCAGGGUUUUUGGAUGAGAAGUCAUGGAAGGAUCUGUUUGUGGAGAGAGAAUUUAGGAGUAGGAUUUUUCUGGGACGUUAUAGCAUUGAUGUUUUGAAUGGUCAUACUGAAGCUGUUCUCACAGUUUUUGUUUUGGCUUCUGUGAAGCUAAUAUUUACUUCUGGAUAUGAUGCAAUUGUGCGAAUGUGGGACUUGGAGGAAGGGUUUUCAAUUGCAUCAUCUCGAACCCUUGGUUGCACUAUUAGAGCGGUUGCAGCUGAUAGGAAACUGUUGGUUGCUGGGGGUACUGAUGGAUUUAUACAUUCUUGGAAAGCAGUUGAGGGUCUCCCAUAUUUGUUUGACCUUUGCGGUUCAGAUAAAGAAAACACUGAGUUUCGUCUUUGGGAACAUGAAGGCCCCAUAACAUCCCUUGCAUUGGAUCUUAAGUGGAUAUACAGUGGUUCGUGGGAUAUGACUGUACGUGUGUGGGAUCGAGCUUCACUGAAGUGUGUAAAGAUCAUGAGGCAUAGUGACUGGGUUUAUGGCCUUGCUCCUGGUGACACUACAGUUGCUAGUACAUCAGGUUCUGAUGUGUAUGUUUGGGAUACUAAUAGUGGUACUAUAAUGACUGUUUUUCACGGUGCCCAUUCUGGUAAUGCUUCAUCACUGGCUCGAAGCUGUACAGGAGAUUUUCUUUUCACUGGAGGAGAGGAUGGAGCGAUACACAUGUUUGAGAUCUUAAAUGAUCGUAAUGAAACUAAUCUUUUCCAAGUUGCAACAUGGAUUCCUCACUCUGGACCUGUUAAUUCUAUAGCUUUUGAGUUUCCUUGGCUUGUCUCAGCUGCUGAUGAUGGGAAGCUUGCACUGAUUGAUGUUAGAAAGUUGUUAAAGACUAGCAAGCAAUGUUCGAGAAAGAGGAUUGCAAAGGUUAGUAGUGUGGAGCCACCUCAGAGAAUGCUACAUGGGUUUGACUGCAAUUUAAUCUCAGUGGGCAUUGGUGCUGAUCGUAUAGUAUGCGGUAGCGAGAAAGGGAUUGUUAGAAUUUGGAACUUUUCACAAGCUUUAGAAAUUGAACAAAGAGCCCGUGCUCUAAGAGGAAUACGAUUGGAGAAUAGGAUGAGGAGGCACAAGCUUCAGAUAGAAAUGACUAGUAAAGUUGGUCGAGCCGGUCGAUGUUCAGUUGCAGCAAAGAAAAACCCAAUGAAUGGCGAUAGAAGUGGUGUUUGGCACAACAAACGUGGAACAAGUGGCAAGUUGAAUGCAUAGCUUGCUGCUGUAAUAGUUCUUAUGCUUUAGAUGUCACUACAGCACUUCUUUUAGGUGAUUACUGAUUGCAUAGCAGAUUAUACACAUUGAAUGUUUCAAUAUGCAUGAUAACUGAUUUUAAUUUCUUUUACAUUAGCGUUUACUAUUGUAAUUGCAUAGCAGUUCAUAGAUUUAUCUUGUUGUGAUGGUUGCACUGGUCUUGGUUUUACCUGGUACACAGGAGAUUAUAUAUACAUUUCAUUUGUGGUAA